AAGAGCCUCGUGACGGAGGGGCUUCGUACGGCCCUGGCGCGACUGCGGCAUUGCACCCCCACAGGGGGUUCUCUGCCAAAUUCACCGAAUCCGCCGUCGACCCCGGAACACAGAAACCACGGAUGUCUGGUGGAGAGUCGCGGGUCUGGCCGUGCAAAGGGCGGUAGCUCGCGGGGCAAUGGGACCGAUUCGGCUGAGCCGCAGUCGCAGUCGCAGCCGCAGUCGCAGCCGCAGUCGCAGGCAACACGUGUCUCGAACAGCGCGCAUCGUCACAAUGGAACGGAAAAUUCGCGGGACACCGAUCUACUGUCCCACGCGGCAUCCGCGCUCAGGAGACUGCACUUUAAAUCCGCCGGCGGCAGCCGGAGCUGUCGCACCGUGCCGAAGGUCGUGGUCAUGGGGUCGAGCACCGCCUCCGAGACCACGAUCAACACCAGCACCGACAGCGCAAACACUAUGCUUACGAUGGUGACGACGACGGACGGUGAACAACCGGACGACAGUUUCGAUUUGAUGGACAUCCCUUCGGAGAUGUCACCACCCGCCGCGUCAUCAGAUCCUCCCCCGCCGUCCGAAUCGAAUCGUUCCCCCCAGCCCCCGUCCCCGCCGCCUCUUCCGUCUUCGCCGACGAACGAAUAUUCGGACGAGAAGGGAUUACAAUCCAGCCCAGAAAUUCCCAUCCCCUGCCUGAACAACGUCCGGACGUCCAGCGUGUCGAAUCUACUGGAGGAAACGGAAGCUCCACCGGUCGACCCGUUGCCGCCCGUCGCCAUCCAGAACACGAUUAACGAAAUCACUAUUAACAGGGUGUCCGUUUCUGGUAGAACGCCGCCUCUCCCCGACCUCAGGGCGACCGAUUUCUUCAGCACACCUGUGAGAGGUUCAGUGGACGCUGGCCAACCGGAUGGCCUGCACUCGAUGGUGUCUCUGAUCCUUGAGAAGACACGCGAAGAACGGAUCAUCGAACUGUCGGAUGACUCUCCACCCGGGAAAAGCAGUGGCGAGGAAAAGCCGAACGUGAACGUCACCACGAACCCUUUAGACAUAUCUCUUAUCGGGCCGCCUCGCACUGGUAACGAUCAAUCGACCGACGGUGCUGGAAAAACCACCAGCGGCAAGUCUCACGGAAAAACUGCGGGAGGCGGCACGGGUGGAAAUAAAAGAUCGGCACAAGCGGCGACUAUAGUGGUCCAACAGCCAUCUUUGUCUAUGGACGGAUCGGCCGGAGCGGCGACCAUAUUGCUACACCCGGAACUGGACGUUAGACGAAGGGAAGAGAACAUGAGGCAGUUAUUGGACGUCGCGAACACGUUGACGUUGCAGGAGAUACACGAUUUCGAGAUGAGAUAUGGGAGUCCGCAUCACAGCAGAUCUCAGUCGGUAAAGACGCCCGGUAGCCGGUCGUCCGGACGACCGAAUUACCUGUGUCUCCCACAGCAGCGAUCCAGGGUGGCCAGCAUGCCGAACACGGGCGUCGAGGAGGAGUAUUACAGGCUGCGACAUUUCAGCAUAACCACCAAGGGUGUCGUGAAUCGAGGGGACUCGCUGAAAAGUAGGAGAUCCCGGUCCAACAAUAGCGUAGCGUCGAGCAAUUCGAGCACGGAACAUCUGACAGCUUCGUACCCCGGUUCGGCGAGGAACUCCGCGGCCGGCUCGUUGGCGAGUUCACGAGAGAGCAGCGCGUCCCAAGGAUCGACGCCAUAUCGUAUCUUGAUGCUGGGAGCUCCGGCCGUGGGCAAAAGCUCGCUGGUCUCCCAGUUCAUGACGUCCGAGAAUCUCCACGCAUACGACACGUCGAUCGACGACGAGUCGGGCGAGAAAACUGUGAGCGUUCUUCUAGCCGGGGAGGAAUCCGAACUGACCUUCAUCGACCUCUCUAGUGCCGACAUGACGCCGGAAGCUUGCAUAGCAGCGCACGAGCCACACGCUUACUGCGUCGUAUACUCGACGACCGACCGAUCUUCCGUACGAGUCGCAGAAGAAAUUUUGCAAACACUUUGGCGCAGCGAUUAUAUGUCGGCUCGGGCGGUGAUCCUUGUUGGGAACAAAGCCGAUCUUGUACGCUGUCGAAUGGUUUCGACCGAAGAAGGAAAAUCUUUAGCCACAUCGUACGAUUGCAAAUUUAUCGAGACGUCCUUCGGGAUUAACCACAACGUCGACGAACUGCUCGUCGGGUUGCUCACACAAAUUCGGCUGAAGCUCGAGAACCCCGAGAGGACGAGGGACCUGUUCCGGAAGAGGUCGCGUAAGAAUCGUAGCAAAUCACCGUUAGGGUCGUUCUCCGAGAACAAUUCGCCGAAGAAGUACCGAGGUAGUCGAACGAGCACCAGUUUGAAAGUAAGGAACCUGUUAGGUAAGGUAUGGGCGAGAGACAGUAAGUCUAAGAGUUGCGAGAAUCUACACGUACUUUAACCGUUUGAAUGAAGAUAUACGACACUGCGCUUUAAUUAUUAUUCCUUUG